AUGGGAAGCAGGUACUCCAGAUUUCCUAAACAGAACGAUGCCUAUCAAUUUUAUUUGGCGUGUCAGAAUGGCGAGACUGCAACCGUUGAGUCGAUGCUUUCGCAUCUGACGUACAAGGAAAUUAAUCAACAGCAUGAGAAUGGUAGAACACCAUUACAUGCCGCGUGCUGCUAUGGCAACAAAAAAGUUGUCGAAUUACUAUUGGAAAGAGGUGCCGAUCGAACAAUUGAAAAUCAUUACAAACUCACCGCUUUCGAAGAAUCAAAAGCGAAUAGAGAAAUAAGAGAUGCAUUUAAACGUCCAGAGACUGACGUUACUCGUUUUGUCGAAUUCGCUGGAACAUUUUCUACAACAUAUAAUCACGAUGAUCAUACGAGGGAUGUUUUAAGUAUGUACUAA